AUGGAACUCUGGGUAGAUUCAUCGACUGGGCGCUUUAAUCCUAUGAGAACUCACAGUACAGACUCAAGAGGUUUGCAAACAUUGAUUAAUGUUGGGAUCAUGAACGGAGUGCACCAAAACCAGAAUAGAAUUGAGCUGGUUCGGGCGAGAUUACCGCCAUACGAACCACCUCCACCAUGGAUUCCACCACAAGAGAGAGUUCAUCAUCCCGACUACAACAAUGACAUCAGAGAGUUCCUUCCAAGGGAGUUAAUUCUACAGAGGAUGAGAGCAUCAGAACAACUAGGAUUCAACAUUCGAGGUGGCCAGGAACAUCACUGUGGAAUUUUUGUUUCGAAGGUGAUGCCGAACAGUGAGGCAGACAAACUUGGACUAAGGGAAGGGCACCAGAUUUUAACAGUUAACAAAAAAGACUUCACAAACAUAGACCAUGCAGAGGCCGUCCGAGUCCUGAAGAUGAACACUAGGAUACAAAUGUCAGUCAGAUUCUUCCCGUAUGGCUAUGACAGAACAUAUGACAAGUGUAAGUUUCUGGCAUCCAAUCAGCAAACAGAAAGGUAGCAGACUAUGUCAUGUGACAAAAUCAUCCAAUCAACAAAGUUAGCAGACUGUGUCAUAUGACAAAAUCAUCCAAUCAACAAAGUUAGCAAACUGUGUCAUGUGACAAAAUCAUCCAAUCAACAAAGUUAGCAGACUGUGUCAUGUGACAAAAUCAUCCAAUCAACAAAGUUAGCAGACUGAGUCAUGUGACAGAUCAUCCAAUCCAAUCAAUAAAGCAGAUAAUGUAUCCAAUCAACAGAGUUCCCAGGCUGUGUCAUGUGAAAAAAUGUAUCUGGUAAAUUAAAUGCCACACUUUCCCAAAUGAAAUUAUCAAAUAUCAAGAACAAUUUUUACUGAUAUGAAUAUUUAUUGGCAUGUGUUCUUUUGACACAAGCUCGCUCAACAUUUUUAUUCAUUACUAUAUCAUGCAUUUAAAGAGCAUAUCAUUUGAAUCAGGUAUUUGAUUAUACACAUGUUAAUGAUUAAUGAAAUAUGUCUACAAAUAAA